CUGAACAAAGGGGCGUGGUUUGCCCUCAGUGUGGGCGGCACUAUGUUACUUCCGGUCCCCAGGCAGCCGGCGUGGUUUAGGAAGGCUUUUGUUGUCGUACGAGGCAAGAGGCGUGUCCUGGUUAGUUGAUCUAUUCUACUGUAUAGUUUAGCAAUACUUUCGCCCGGCUGAUCGGGUCCAUGUGUAGAUUUUCUACCUUUUAUCUGUGAUGGCUGUUCAGGAUGUUUUUGGCAAAUCUGAAGAGUGAGGAUUUGAAACCAGAUCACCACAAAUCUAUCCUGUGCACAUAUAAAGGUUGUGAAGGAAGAGAACUUGUACCUGUGUUGUGUGCUUAUUGUGAAAAACAUUUUUGCUUAAGGCAUCGUCAUCAGUCAGAUCAUGAGUGUGAGAAAUUAGAAAUCCCCAAACCUCGUAUGGCUGCUACCCAGCAACUUGUUAGAGACAUUGUAGAGUCCAAGAAAGGAGGCACAGCGAGUAAAAGAUGCAGAGGAGCCAAGAACAAUGAAACAGCAGCUAAGGUGGCUCUGAUGAAAUUGAAAAUGCAUGCUUGUGGGGAUGUAUCCUUGCCACAGACAGAAAGAAUCUAUUUCCAAGUAUUCUUACCUAAAGAAACCAAGGAAAAAAGCAAGCCCAUGUUCUUCUGUAGUCGCUGGAGCAUUGGCAGAGUUAUAGAUUCUGCAGCUUCCUUGGCUAAGCUUAAAAAUGACAACAACAGAAGUGCAGCAAAGAAAUUAAGACUUUGCCAUGCAGCAUCUGGAGAAGCUUUGCCCCUGGAUCACACCCUAGCAUCUUGGAUAAACUGUAAAGAAACUCCACUAUAUAACGGUGGCAACAUAAUCUUGGAAUACCUUGACAAUAAUGUUCAGUUUUUAGAAGAUGCAGAUUCGUAUUUGGAAUAAUUAUGGAAAAGACUGCUCAUGUAAUUAUCACAUUAAACAGAAGAAGAAAAAUUUC